UCUCUCCACAUUCAGACUCCAUUACUUCCACUCAGCACACUGAGGUUUUUCCAGCCGAGCUCGCCAUCCACCCGGGGCCAUGUUUUGGGUUCACCACCUGUCCCUCGGCCUCCUGCUGCUCCACCUGGCCACGGCUCACGUAGUCUUCUUGGACGGUGAGGAGGCCAAUCAGGUGCUGAAGCGGCAGAGACGAGCCAACAGCAUUUUUGAGGAGUUUAAACCAGGCAACAUGGAGAGGGAGUGUGUGGAGGAGCGCUGCAGCUGGGAGGAGGCGCGAGAGAUCUUCGAAGACGUAGACAAAACUGUACAGACCUCCUGCAACUACACACCAACACUGCUGUCGCACAAAAUCCAUCAUAACAAGUCUCGAAGAAACAACCACAUAACUUUGGGAAACCCUACUGUUUUACCCAGAAUCAGACAACAAGAUCGUAGCGUAGCUUAGCUUAAGCUACUUUAGCACAAAGGCUGGAAGCAGGGUGCUAGCAUAGCUCCAUUAAAACCUCUUCCAACAACUCCACAGUUGCCAGAUUGACAUUUGGAUCUUCUUUAUUGAA